CCCAGCGCGAUUCUUCCGCGCGUGCAUACAUAAGGCUCGGCCGUGAAGCCCGCGCGAGCCCUCUCGGGGCCCCCUUCUCUAGGCCCGCAACACACUAAGGCGCGAUGGCUGUGCUCCGGAGGUCCUUCGUCGUGCUAAGUGCUGCUUCUCUGCUUGGCCUGGUGCGCGCGCAGCCCUCGCCCGUCGUCCAGGAGCGUAUCUCUGCGGCGAUCGCGUCGGCCGCGGCGGAUCCGGGCAGUGUGGACUAUACGUCGCUGGUCAAUGUCUUCAUAGGCACGGACAACUAUGGGGAUGUCUGCCCGGGUGCUUCUGUCCCAUUUGGCAUGGCCAAAUUCUCGACAGACUUGACGGGAUAUGCGCCUGCUGGCUACGUCGCUGACCCGACGCAGAUGAUCCGCGGGCUCAGCCCAAUGCACGACAGCGGCACCGGGUCCUCCUCGGGCACCUACGGCAACUUCGAGAUCAUGCCUCUCCUCUGCCCAGACGGCUUCGAGACGUGCACCGUGCGCCUCGACGACCGCCUGCGCUACCGCAAGAACAACACCGACGAAGCCUACCCCGGAUACUUCGCGCAGACCCUGGACAACGACAUCAAGAUGGAGGCGACGUCGACGCGCCGUGCGGGUCUGGAGCGCUUCACGUUCCCGGACGGCUCGAAGCCGUACUUCACGCUCGACCUCGCGAACGACCUCCCGCAGUCCUUCGCUGGCGGGUCGUUAGAUAUUGACCCUGAGAAGGGCCGCAUCACUAUGGGAGGCCUCUGGGGCUCGAGUUUCGGACCGGGUGCUUUCCACUACCAGGCGUUUGCGUGUUACGACCUUCUCAACGGCGGCACGCAGAAGCUCGACGAAUACGGGGUCUGGACAGGCGAGACCUUCGGCCUCGAUUUCUGGGGAGACGCCAAGGGUCUCUGGCAGACGAACCUGAACCUCUCCGUCGACCUCAUCGGGGACGUCUACCAGUCCGGGGCACUGUUCUCGUACGCGGGCGAGCCCUCGGAGAUCACCAUCCGCGUCGGCAUCUCGUUCGUGUCUGCGGAGCAGGCAUGCAGCAACGCGGAGACGGAGGUCGGCGGCGCGGCGUUCGAGGAGAUCGAGGCGGCGUCGAAGGCGCUGUGGAACGAGCGCCUGAGCACGAUUACGAUCGACUUUGCGAACACGGAGCCGAAUGUGACGGAGUUGCUGUACUCGUCGUGGUACCGCUCGAACCUGACGCCUAAUAAUGCCACGCACGAGACCCAAGGACCAUAUGCCAAUACGACGCAUUACUACUUCGACUCCCUCUAUUGCAGUUGGGACACCUUCCGCACGUUCUAUCCGCUCAUGGCUCUCCACUCACCCGUGCACUACGCACAAAUUGUCGACAACUACAUUGAUGGGUACCUCAAGCAGGGCUGGAUGCCAGAGUGCAGAGCCAACAAUCUGCCUGGUUGGACUCAAGGAGGUUCGAGUGGCGACGUCAUCGUCGGGCAUUUCGCCAUGCUCUACCACAACGAGGCGGAAGAACUCGGUGUUGACCUGGAGCAGCUUUACGCUGCCAUGGGGCAGGACUCGACGCUGAACCCUCCGGAGUGGAACAUCUGGGGUCGUCAGAGUAACGUAUACAAUCAAUAUGGCUACGUGCCUUUUGCCGGCCUCGAUACUAAGAGCACAGGUCGUAUGACCAGAGAGGGUAGUCGAACACUGGAGUAUGCUUACGAGGAUUUCGCUAUCCGGCAAGUCGCGCUGCUCCUGAACAAAACCGAGGAUGUCGAGGUGUACACGAACAAGUCCUACUUCUACCAGAACGUCUUUGAUCCGACGGUUACCAGCGACGGCUUUACGGGUUUCUCCCAAAAACGCUACUCGAACGGGACGUUCUAUUACACAGACCCCAUCGACUGCUCGCCUGUCGACCCGAACCCGAACCGUGAAUGUUCAUUGCAAGAUGAUAACAUUGUUGGCUUCUACGAAUCGUCGUCCUGGGAGUACAGCUUCUUUGCACCUCACGACAUGGCGUCUGUUGUCAAGAUGAUGGGAGGCAACGACACGUUCAUUGCACGUCUGGAUCAUUUCUUCAAUGCGAGCUACUUUAACGUAGGGAACGAGCCGUCGUUCAACACCCCAAUCGACUACUUGUAUGCCAACGCACCGACGAGGAGCGUCGAUCAUGUCCAUGAUGUGGUGUUCAGCUACUUUGACAUCACCCCUGCUGGGCUGCCUGGGAACGAUGAUCAAGCUGCGAUGGCAACUGUGUUGGUUUGGCACUUGCUCGGCCUCUACCCUGUGCCGGGCUCCUCGGAAAUACUCGUCGUAUCGCCCUUCCUACCCACAUACACAAUCCACAACCGCUACCUCAACGUCAGCACGACCGUUACGGUGAAGGGCUUCGACCCGGCAUCCGUCCAGCAGUACAUUCCCGAGGGUGUUGCGGCUUAUGUCCAAAAUGUUACGAUUAAUGGCGUCACUUCGCCUUCACGGUGCCAUUUCGACUUCUACGACAUCUUCCGCACGGGCGGCGAGCUGAUUAUUGAGGUCACGGCGGACAAGGACUCCGUCAACGACUGCGGUGCAUCUCUGCCCAAGUCGCUGUCCACCGGCGGGUUCGAUACGGUCCGCUAGCCAGAAAUAGGUUAUAGCAGCGAGACGAGCAGGGUAGCUAAGAGCCAAGAUAGAUGGGCAGUAGACAUACAUCGUAGAAAUGAAUACAGAUGAAGGGGCGUGUUACAGUCCCGGGUACCGUCGUCGUCGUGAGACAUCGUGAAUGUAUCGUUCAGAUAAGCUAGGAAGUGGAUGGCCCCGGUUUGGAAGGGUUGGUUGGAGGGUGAAUCAACACAAGGCC